AGAGAAGGUCUCCUCCCCAGCUCUUCCCAACCUCCAACUUCUUUCACCCAACUUUUCGUCAAUCGUCAGGAAGUUACGCUUCAAGUUCACACUCAGCAUCCACACCACUUAUAAGCUCCACUUUCCUGCUCAAAAGUUCCAUCAAUCAAUUACCCCACCAUAUCGAUAAGAUGACUCGCCUCGGAAAUUUCAAGAAGCGCGAGUUUGUUGCCCCAUGAUCGCAUGCUCCUGGCUUCGGAGCUAGCCGGUCGGAAGCGCCUCGCAGAGAAAGGGCUCGUUCCCAAGAAAGACGACAAUCAUUACAACCAUUAUCGUCACCACACAUCCUUAAAAAUGUCAGAUCUCGAGCCUACCAAACAGGUUACCCCGUCCCAAGCGGACCUUCGCGGGGAUGAUAACAAUGUCGACUUCGACGACGAGCUCCUCGACAUCUUCGACUCGGCCGACGAACUCCACGAGGACCGCGUCGCCAUUGUUCCCCGUUCCGACACGCACAAGCCGACAGCGAACACCGUUGCACGAAUCGACGACCAGAUCGCGGAGCUGUCCCGGCACGCUGCCAAGAUCCGCCUGGACAACGUCAAGCCGGACCAACAUCGUGACAAAGACAAGGCGGACCGGGCCACCGCCGAGUUGGUGCUCGAUCAACGCACCCGCAUGAUCCUACUUCAUAUGAUCAACCGCGGCGUCAUCAACGAGGUGCACGGCGCCAUCAGCACGGGGAAGGAAGCCAACGUUUACGGAGCCGUCGUAUUCUCAGAGAACAGCAUCGAGCCCCAGCAGCGGGCCAUCAAAAUCUAUAAGACGUCCAUCCUCGUCUUCAAGGACCGGGAGCGAUACAUCACCGGCGAGCAUCGGUUCCAGGCCGGCGUGGACAAGGGCAACAACCGCAAGAUGGUUAAGAUCUGGGCGGAGAAGGAGUUUCGAAAUCUGCGGCGGCUGCACGCCGCUGGCAUCCCCUGCCCCACCCCGCUCGUACUCAAGAUGAACGUGCUGGUUAUGGGCUUUCUGGGCGACAAGCGUGGAUACGCCUUCCCACGCCUGCACAACGUCCGGAUCGAGAGCGACGACGCAGACAGCCAGUGGCGCGGUCUCUACAUCCAGCUGCUCGGCAUCAUGCGCCGCCUAUUCCAGGUUUGCAACCUGGUACACGCGGACUUGUCUGAGUACAAUAUCCUCUACAACAACGGGAAAUUGUACAUCAUCGAUGUUUCACAGUCCGUCGAGGACAACCAUCCGCGCUCGUUGGAGUUUUUGCGGAUGGAUAUCAAGAACGUCGGCGACUUCUUCCGCCGCAAUGGCGUCGACACCCUCCAGGACCGGACUGUGUUCAACUUCAUCACCGCGCGCGAGGGUCCGACCGAAGAGCCGGCGCUGUCACAAGCCAUCGAGCGCAUUUACGAGACUCGCCCCGCCGCGGCAGAAACAGACGAGGCGCUCGCGGCCAUCGAGGUGGACAACGAAGUUUUCCGGAAUCAGUACAUCCCCCAGACUCUCGAGGAGUUAUAUGAUAUCGAACGAGAAGCCAGCGAGCCCGCACAAGAAAAGGUGUACAAACACCUUUUGGCCGAGGUCGUCGACAAGAGCGCCCAGGAGGAUUCAGAAGACGAGGGUGCCGCUUCCAGCGGCAGUGAAGAGAGUGACAGAGAGGUCGACCCGCACGCCUUUGAGAAGGGUCGGCCAAGGGGGAAAAAGCACGAGCCUAAAGAGGAGAAGGCCGCUCACAAGCGAGCGGUCAAGGAGGAGAAGCGGGAAAAGAGGAAGGAUAAGAUGCCCAAGGGACUCAAGAAGCGGUUGGUGGCGAACACCACCAGGAAAAAGAAAUAAGUGCAGCUGGGUGGUUUUCAGAGGUUCUUUGGAGUUCUAUGAGAGUGGUCGGUUUGGGCGGAUAAAAGUCAGGGUUUCAUGCAUUAAGGGACAGGAAUAUGCCAUAGCGAUACAACUUUUGUUUUCCACUUCUUUCAUUGGGUUCAUGUGGAGUUGAUGUGACAUGGCAGCGACCGGAUGAUGAGGACUCGAGACUGCUCCGAGGUGCUUGUGGUUGACGCAGUGUUUUGCCUUUUCAAGCUGAACCUCGGGCCACAACUCCUCAUCGAGCAGGUCUGAGCGAGCCUGCCGACUGGGCAGGACUUGCGAUGACGACCAAAGAGAGCACUGACGGUCCGCCUGCCCAGUCACCGUUCCCUGUAUCUAUGUUCAAUUAUGUUCAUGUACCGUCACGUAUAUGAUUGUCACCAGCUCUGCCCUCACUGGCUACAACGACGGCACCACACCCCGUGGCGGCACCCCGACGCGAGGAUGGAGGUUAAGGGUGACGCAUCACUGCC